AGGCACAAUUCCAUAUAUGCAUGUCACCACUGACAUAUUGUUUGUCGAAGUGGCGUUCCAGCUUUCUGGCGAAUCCAUUAGAUGUUUCGCUAGCUAAACAAAAUGUGCGUGACAAAUAAACGAAGCAGAACUCUGUUCAAAAAGAGAUGUUAAGGAUUCCGGUUGAUCAUCGAUAUAAAGAAUAAUGGAACUUUGACGUGAAGUUCCAACGAGGCAAAAGAUUAAACACGCAGGUUAAUACGUUUUAUGCGUUCGAUCGUGCAUGCUGUACCAACGACAAGUGCUAAAUAAACAUACGUUGCACAGUUAAUGAAAGUCUAAGAUACAAAAGGCCGUGCGUAGGAUUACGGUACCGGAGCAUAGAGUACAACUACACAGGGAGGAUUUGUGCAGUCCCAUUCAGUGAGAACGAGUGACCAGUUGAAGGAAAAAUGCAGCGUGUAUUCGGUGGGCAUGGAAGAGCUGUAACCGAUGAACCGAUGCACAACGUUAUCGGUUUUCGCGCUCGUGGCAGGGUGUUGUGCCUACCUGCUCAGGUAGGUAAGUACCGUUCGUCGGGCUACCUUCGACGGCAGUCACGCCACAACCUUCGUCGCGUCAGGUGCUCACGGAUCUUCGCGACCAACGGGACUCUCUGUUCGUCGACAUCGUCUUGUAUCUUUUGGAUACUCAGAAAUCAUUGAAGGAACCGAAGAAACAUGUGGUUGCCCAGAACGUGUGUUCUGCUGACCGUGUUGGUUUUGGCAAGAUGCGAAAAGGCCGAGGACGAUGUGGACGCUUCGGCGGUGUUCAUCGAGGCAGCCAAGUCCUUCUUUACGAACAAGGAUAAUUUGAAUGGACUACAGGGUUUAGCAAGGACGUUCAUACAAUCGGACGGGGGGAAACAGGAUGGAAAGUCUAACUUGGAUAAUUUAGGAGACAUAGUGUCCGGCAUCGGCAGCUUGCUUGGCGGUAGUGAAAACAAUCAGGGUGUCGACUUUUCUGUAAUCGGAUCGGUUCUCGACGGUAUGAUGAGUUCGAACAAGAAUACCAAGAGGUCAAUAUCCGCGGAUACCGAAACGAACCAGGAUCAAUCGACGAUAGAUUUGGACGACGUUUUUGGCUCGUUCAUGGGACAGAAUGGGAACUCCGAACUGUUGAUGGGCCUUUUACCGAUGUUGUUACAAAAUUUAGGAAGUAUCGAAGUGGCUGGGCUAUCUAGCAAGCCGCACGAUCACUCGGGACACUCUUGGUACAUGCCUCCGAUCCUGGAGAACUUGCACGUGAUGUGGGAUCAUUUCAGCAAUUCGGAACUGGGUCAAACGUUGUGGAAGAAGAGCGGUUUGUCGCACUUCGUUGGUCAGAUUUCCGAUUCCGAGGGACGCAUUCAAUACGAGAAGCUUCUGGACAAUUUCGAGAACCCCGCUGUUCGGCGCAGAUGGAUCAGAUCGUUGACAAAUUACAUCGGAGAGUGGAUCUCCCAUAUCUCCGACCCGCAGAUCCAACAACGCUACCUGAACACGGUUCAAUUUGUUGGAAAUAGUUUUCUGAAAUCGCAGGGUUUCCCGAAAUCGUCCAUGUUCGACGCGAUGAGACCCGUAGAAAGUCUUUCCAGAGUAGUGAACGCUGUAGCGAGGAGACAUUUAGGAAUGAAGAUCGAUAGCUCGCAAUAUAUUAAGCCUGCGGAAGCGUACAUCAAAGAAUUAAUCGCCCUCGCUUCAGAGAAAGGAUUCAUAAUGUCCCGACUGAACGGCAGGGAGAUUAGCAACAGACUCAGUGACACGAUCAACCACGACAUCAUCGAUCCCAUACUGAAGUCGUAUCGAGCAUAUAAGUGGGCAAUUAAGAGGCCACAAUGCGCCAGCCAGAUCCUGUGCACCAUCAACGAACAAAACGAUAAGGAUCAUACGAAAUCGCGUUUACAAAGCGGUUUGUUGAAAGUAACUAGUUUCCCGGCUGCUUGGGCCGUCAGCAAUAAAGUAGGGACCAAUUUCUGGACCCUGUACGGGGCCAUUAUGGAUCACGAAAAAUGCGUCGAAAAGUAUCCGGCGGAGUGUACAGAUUUUCACGAAGAAGAAAUCCGAAUUACGACGGAGAGCGUUCACAGUGAACUUUGAUCCGUAACUUACAACGAGUGUGCCCUGUGAAAGACAUUUGCGAUCUCCAAAGUCAAUUCCAUGGACACAAAGUCGCGAAAGGCGACUACCGUUUCGUCGAUCGUUUUUAUAUAUUAGCUAAGUGUCGUGCGAACGUAUGACGAUGAAAUAG